UGCCCCGGUCUCCGGCAGCCAAUAUGGCGGCUCCCUGUGUGUCUUGCGGCGCAGCGGCUCCCUACCGGCUUUUUCUCGGAGGUAGGGUUAGCCUCGCCCGGAGACAAGGCGUCUGGAAAGCAGCGGCUGCUGAGUUGCAGACAGGUGCUGGAUUCCAGAUACUAAGGCUAAGGCACACCACAGGUGUAACAACAAAGAAAAAUGUUGCAGCCUUAAGACGUGAAACUUACACAGUGGAUUUUAUUAAAAAGCAGAUUGAAGAGUUCAACAUAGGAAAGAGACAUUUAGCCAACAUGAUGGGAGAAGAUCCAGAAACUUUUACUCAAGAGGAUAUUGACAGAGCUGUUGCUUACCUUUUUCCAAGUGGUUUGUUUGAGAAGCAAGCCAGGCCAAUAAUGAAGCAUCCUGAACAGAUUUUUCCAAAACAAAGAGCAAUCCAGUGGGGAGAAGAUGGCCGUCCAUUUCAUUUUCUCUUUUAUACUGGCAAACAGUCGUAUUAUUCAUUAAUGCAUGAAGCAUAUGGAAAGCUACUAGAAGCAGAAAAGCAUCAGAACCAGUUGCAAGCCAAAGGUUUAUUUUCAGAAAAAACUAAAACCAAAGACCUGAUUGGCAGCAGAUGGCUGAUUAAGGAGGAACUAGAAGAAAUGUUAGUGGAAAAACUGUCAGAUCAAGAUUAUGCACAGUUCAUUCGGCUGCUAGAAAGGUUAUUGACACUGUACAGUGGUGCCGAAGAAGAAUUUGUGCAGAGAUUCCGUAGGAGUGUAACUAUUCAAUCAAAAAAACAGCUGAUUGAACCUGUGCAGUAUGAUGAGCAAGGAAUGGCCUUCAGCACCAGCGAAGGUAAAAGAAAGAGUGCAAAAGCGGAAGCAGUUGUUUAUGAGCAUGGAAGUGGAAAAAUAAAAGUAAAUGGAAUCGAUUAUCUGCUUUACUUCCCAGUGACACAAGACAGAGAACAGUUGAUGUUCCCCUUCUGCUUCCUUGACCGGCUUGGAGAACACGACGUGACCUGCACAGUCUCCGGGGGUGGGCGGUCGUCCCAGGCUGGAGCCAUACGCCUGGCGGUGGCAAGAGCCUUGUGCAGUUUUGUCACCAACGAAGAGGUCGAGUGGAUGAGACAAGCUGGACUGCUGACUGCUGAUCCACGCGUCAGAGAACGGAAGAAGCCAGGCCAAGAGGGAGCCCGCAGAAAGUUCACCUGGAAGAAGCGCUAAGUGUUCUUUCACGGGCGAGGAGAGGAAACGCCGUGUAUAUGUGCUUGGCAUGCGGCAGACAUACAAUAAAUAUUUGCUGGCCAGUGUGAGGGCAACACUAUCA